GGCACAGGGCCUUCUGAUUGGACCAAAGACUCGAAUAGGCCAAUGUGACAGGUACUCGAAGGUACUUGUAACACCGACGAAAGCAGUUUUAAUCCUUUGGUACUUAAGGUCCGUUUAAAUACGGUGGGAUUUCAAAUUAAGCUGCGUUUAUAACCAGACGGUACCCGAAAGAAUUUUUGGCAAUUCAAAGUGUUUCAGAUUUUUCAUUUUUUAAACAAAAACAGUUAAAUUGAUCCCGAAAAGUACCUAUACAUAUAUAAGUAGUAUUGAUCUUGUAAAAAAAAUGUGGGCAAUGAAUUUCUUCAAAUUUAUUAUGAUUAUUAUGGUGCAUGUAUGUCUGGUUGUCGCAGAUUACGACGACUAUUGCUUAACUAAAAACGACCGUGUAAUUUGUGACGAUGAUUCCAUGACGGAAAUUCCGAAAGGAAUACCCAAAUCCACCAAAUCUUUAGUGAUUCUAGGGAAACCAAGUGCCCAAUUCAACAUCCCAAGGCUAAGAAAAUUGGAUUUUAAAGGACUCGGUGAUUUAGAGGAAAUAUUUAUAACUUUCGCACAGGUAAAGACAGUUGAUCAAGAUACUUUUCUAGAUUUGAAACAAUUAAAAAGAGUUGAUCUAACGUUUAACAAAAUCUCCACCAUUUAUCAACAGUUGUUUCUCGGUCUUUAUGAUCUGGAAGAUAUUAAUCUUAGUGGUAAUGAAUAUUGCGAACUUCAGCCAGGUGCAGUAGCAAACCUACCUUCACUUCGGAACUUGUAUCUAGCUGAUAUGAAUUUAAGGACUUUGCAUAUCAGCUCCUUUAGGGGUCUUGAUAGUUUACUUCAUUUGGAUAUAGCGGGCAAUGAUUUAAGAAAACUAGAAAAGAGCCUCUUCGAUCCAUUAAAAAAUUUGGUAUCGUUGGACAUAAGCAGUAAUCGGAUUAAGGGUUUGGAUAAGGAUUUGGAGACACCGUUGUCGAAACUACAAUCUUUAAAUAUGGGGAACAACCCAUGGCAGUGUAACUGUGGUAUGAAAUGGAUUAAAAAUUUGCCAUCUAAAUUUAUCUAUGACACAGUAGCCUACAGUGCUGACAGAGUUGUGGUUUGCAAAGGUCCUGAUAAUCUUAUCUACAAAAAUCUUGUGGAUGUUCCCGAUGAUCAGCUAGCAUGUACACCGGCUAGUAUCAAGGACUGCAAGAAGCUGGCUGUAGAGGAAGGUCAACCAGGAGAUAUAUCCUGUAUAAUAGACGGAGAUCCUUUCCCAGAUAUUACUUGGAACCCACCUGGCGGUGCUUCUGCUAUACACACAGAUGAUCUGGAAGAUAAUAAGAACUACAGUGUUUCCGACAAUGGAACAUUGACGAUCAAAUCAGUCAAGAUGGACCAGAACGGUGUGUGGAAAAUAGUUGUCCAAAAUGUCUUGGGUGCAGAUAGUACCAAGGUUAGCGUAAAUGUUACACAAAAGGCAACGCCUACAGAAGAAGCAAAGUCGGGCAAUGGUGUGUUAAUUGGAGCAUGUGCUGGUGGUGGAGUGGCUCUCCUUUGUCUGAUUAUCAUCAUAGCUGUCUGCUGUAAAAACAAGAAAAAUAAAGUGGGGAAAGUGAGUGAAACUCCGUAAACCGAACCAGUCUUGUAGGUUCCAAAUGACAUGGGUUUUUUUUGCUUUGAAAUGUUCGAAAAUUUGAAGGUUGAGCUAAUAGCAUAAAUUUCCAAAUUGCGUACAAAAUAUUAAGAAAACGAGCAAGCGAUCUUGUCUGAUAACAUUAAAGAUCACAGAAGCAAUUUCAUAUGGUUAAUUUAUAUUUCUAGACGGUCGAUUACGUUUGGAAAAGGAACUUAGAUAUGACUUAACUUUUAUCUUAAAUGGCAAGGCCAUUAUUUAUGAAAACUUUAAAUCUCUAAAAAAAACAACUUUUCCGUAAAACUGUACUUAUGUAUUUAAUGUUACAGUCGAUUCUAGUCAGUGUUGGAAACAUUUAUUCUAUAAUAUUUCAAAUUGCGAGAAACCUAUGAAUAUUGGAGUUUAUAGAAGAGUACUAUUAUGGUGAUGGGGUAAAUAGUUUCAUUUUCAAACAUCAUUUCGUAACCCAGCUUUGUUAUGUUUUUUUUCUUUCUUUUCUUUAAGAAAUAGCGGACGAUUUGCUUAACUCAAUUAGUUAUUUGCUUCUGAUAAGACGCGGACAACAAACACAUUAAAUAUCGAAUAGCUCCAACUUAAUAUUA